AUGUCGUCUCCUCACACCUCAACUCAGCCAUCAAAUAAGGGCGACACAAUUCACUGCGACGACUUGAAAUGGCUCCCCCUCGCCCCCAAGAUCUGGAUCAAACUCAUCAAACUCACACCUGAAACCGGUUCUUACACAGUCAUGAUCAGAGCCGAGCCAGGAGGCGUCCUACCUCGCCACCGACACGUCAAGAGCGCCGAGAUCUACAUCUUGAAGGGAAACGGGGAUCAUCCACAGGCUGGACACUUUGAGAAGGGAGAUUAUGUUUCAGAACAUGAGGGUGCACGACAUGAUCCGCUUGUUUUUGAAGUGGAGACGGAGAUGUUGAUGAUCAGCGAGGGUCCUUCAGUGUUUGUGGAUGAUGAUGGAAAUGAUCUUUAUGCGAUGGAUAUUCCAAUGCUCCAGAAUCUUGCGGCCUCUGUCGUUUGA